UAUGGCUACGGCCCUAAGCAAAUAUAAAGGAGACCAUGCAGCUACGAAGAAAGAAGCAAUGGCAAAUCUGUUUCCUGUCUUCAGAACAUCAUUAAAUCAGAUACAAAAUUCUCUACCCUGGAGCUCUCAGACAUGCAGAGGGAUUAUAACAGCAAACCGACCUUCACACAGAUCUUUAUAGCCUCUUCAAUUGGUUUGUUCGUUGCAGCAGCAGUUCAUUAUCGUCUCCGGCAGAGAAAAAAUUGGAAGAUCAUGCCUCGUUUAAAGCAAAAGGCAGGAGGCAAAACUGAGAAGCUCGAAAGGUUCUCUCAUUAUGUAGCCAGGCAAAUGGGAUUCAAGGAUAGGAGAGAAUGUCCACACCUCUGCAAGUUAGCUGCAGAAUACAUCAGGAAGAGCGAAAGCUGUGAAGAAGAUAUAUAUGCUUUUUUUGCAGAUGAACUUGAAGCAGAUUCGCUUUUCGUGAAGCUUUUGGAGGAGUUUGAGAGGUGUAUUCUUAGCUAUUUCGCGUUCCACUGGAGCCAUGCUGAUCUUAUUCUGCAUCAGGUAUUGAGCGCUGAUGCGGAACCCAAAAGGAAGUUCAAGCAUAUUGUUAUGGCAGCAACAAGGGAACAAAGAUUCGAGAGGGUGACCAAGAAUUUGAAGGUUGCUAGGGUGUUCAAUACACUGGUAGAGGAAAUGAAAGCAAUGGGACUAGCAUCAAACGAUGACUCACAAUGCACAGAGGUCAUGGCUCCAGUGGCGCACUCUGAUAGAAGUCCAGUGCUCCUUUUCAUGGGUGGUGGAAUGGGUGCUGGGAAGAGUACUGUGCUCAAGGACAUUCUGAAAGAACCAUUUUGGGCAGGAGCAGCAGGAAAUGCAGUGAUUAUUGAGGCAGAUGCCUUCAAAGAGUCAGACGUCAUAUACAGAGCCCUUAGCUCCAGAGGACAUGCUGAUAUGAUCCAAACAGCUGAAUUGGUUCACCAAUCAUCCACAAACGCAGCAUCUUCUCUUUUGGUGACAGCACUGAAUGAAGGGCGGGAUGUGAUCAUGGAUGGCACUCUCUCCUGGGCGCCCUUUGUUGUGCAGACAAUAACAAUGGCCAGAAAUGUCCAUCGCAGACGUUAUCGCAUGGGAAUUGGUUAUAAAGAAGAAAGUGGCGGAACUAUAACUGAGAACUACUGGGAGCAAAUGGAAGAGGAACAGCCACUGCUAGAUGGACGCAAAAAGCGAAAACCAUAUAGGAUCGAGCUGGUUGGGGUUGUUUGUGAUGCUUAUUUAGCCGUUACCAGAGGUAUAAGGAGAGCUAUUAUGUGUAGAAGAGCAGUGAGGGUGAAUUCACAGUUGAAAUCCCACAAGAGAUUUGCAAAUGCAUUUCUAACCUACUGCCAACUAGUUGAUAAUGCCAGGCUAUACUGCACCAAUGCUUUGGAAGGCGCUCCUAAGCUGAUAGGAUGGAAAGAAAGAGACAAGACUCUGCUAGUUGAUCCAGAUGAAAUAGACUGUCUAAAAAGGGUUGGUAGCUUGAACGAGGCAGCAGACUCAAUAUAUGAGCUUUACAAGUCUCCUAACCCCGCUUGUGCUGUUGGUUCAAUUUGGAACGACAUAGUAUUAUCACCAUCAAGGUUAAACAUUCAAAAGGAGUUGAAGUAUUGCAUUCAGAAAGUAGAAAGAUCAAAAUCAUAAUCCAAUUAGCAAGGCAGAUCAAGUUCUGAGCUUUCUAAGAUUUGUGAAGCAAAAGAUCAGACAGAAGCAGGCAUAUGAUUUUCACCAUAUUUGUUAAAGGAAUACCCCACCUGGGUUGUACUAAAUAUGACUGAUCUACUAUUUACUGUUCCUCUUUUAAAUUUAUGCCUUUACUUUGUCCGGCCCA